AUGCAAAAGACACACCAAAAUACCGGCAUGGAAGAAUUGACGGAUGCCUCGUCUAGUGCAUUUACCCAAUUCACGCCCGAAACGUCGGAACACACUGUCUUGGGUGAAAUCUGGGACGGCCGACGAUACGCAGUACCUUGGCCAGGCAACAAGUACAACAUCUUUAUGAAUGACACCAACCGAGUGAUUUGCUCAAAUGAUGAGGGCCAUCUCUACGUCUACGAUAUCGAGCACGACGUGAACAAGCAACAAACAUGGCUCUGUGUGGAAAAGAAUGGAUAUUUUGGCUUUGUGAACAUCCAUUCCGGCAGAUUCAUGGGUCACAACAACCAGGAACAAAUGCACUCGGCAACAUUUCAGCACGAAGCCUGGGAGUAUAUGACGGUGAGGAAGCAUCCGGAGGGAGGCUACGAGUUGCUGAUGCCACACUGGUGGCACACACUAAAGAAAGUUGCUUCAGCGGACCAUGCAAAAUCAGCAGCCCACCUCGAAGAGGAAGCAAAGCAAUCCCUUCCUGCGAGCGCAUUUGUCACCGAUAACAAUGCGACUUUAACAAAUGCGCCAUCUCCCGUACAACUGCAAUUUGGGGAUGUCGUCUACACAUGCCUUACACAUCAACAGCAAGAUGAGGUCUUCAAUCAGCUCUCUGCUAAAUGCCAUUCCACAGAGAUGCUUGAGAAGGAAGGCUAUAUACUUGAUGUUGAGAAAGGGCCGAUGAAGAAGAAGGAAAAGCCACGACCAAGCCUAGCAGACUUUCAACAGACACCACAGAUUCGGUCUGCCACCAUCAAGCGGCGCGCUGUUGUAAUUGAUUGCGAGAUGGCAGGGACAUUUGACGGAUCCGAUGAGCUGAUCAGCCUCUACGUGAUGGACUUCUUGACUGGCGAGACCCUCAUCGAUUCAUUAGUGAUCCCUUCUCGGCCAAUCACCGACUGGAGAGUGAAGAUUCACGGUAUAGAUGCUACGACCAUAAACGAGGCAGUAGCACACCAAAAUGCUUUGCAUGGUUGGGCCGCUGCCCGCCAAGAGCUGUGGAAGCAUGUCGACGAGAGUACAAUCCUUGUCGGACAAUCCAUACUAUUUGACUUUGAGGCUCUCCGCUUAAUUCACAUGCGUGUCGUGGACUCGGCAAUACUCGCAACAGAGGCCGUCUUUAACAAGACAGGGAAGAAGAACAGGAGUGGCCGCCGGCGGUGGGGACUUCAGGAACUGUGUGAAACAUUUCUCGGAAUCAAAAUUCGAAGCGGGGACGGGAUACACGACAAUAUGGAGGAUGUUUUGGCUGCAAGAGAGGUUGUGAUACAGUGUUUGAUGAAGCCGGGAGACUUGAAGAAGUGGGCGAAGAAGGCGAGACAAGACAUGUGGAAGCCCAAAGAAGGCAGCAAGAAUGAGAAGAAGAAGACCAAAGAGCCGACUCGCCAAAGCGCUAAACAAGCAGCCCCAGUGCUCGAACGGAUUGGGGUCUAUGAGGACUUUUAUGAUAGUCUCGAUGACGAGGAUAUUCUUUAUGAUUUCGAAGAUGCCAAAAUGUUUCACCUGGAGCGGGAUUGGUUUACCAACAUGGGGGCCGAUAUUGCUUAUUAUUAA